AUGGAGACACAGACCCAGAAGCACAGCCUGAUAGACAAGUGCAAACUGAAGAAUAGGUGGAUUAAAGAAGGGCUCGCCGAAUUUUUGGGAACAUUUAUACUGAUUCUGUUUGGUUGUGGUUCACUUGCCCAAUCAAUACUGAGCAGAGGAGUAUAUGGCAAUAUGCUGACAGUUGCCAUUGGCUUUCCAUUUGGGAUCACCAUAGCUGUUUAUGCUACCAUAGGAGUAUCAGGAGCACAUCUGAAUCCUGCUAUUUCCCUUUCUAUGUGUGUUCUUGGACGGCUUCAGUGGUUGAAACUGCCGGUCUACUGCUUUUCUCAGCUAGUCGGGGCCUUUGUUGGUUCAGCAGCUGUUUUUGGACUUUAUUAUGAUGCCUUCAUGGCUUUUGAUGAUGGGAACUUCGCAAUAACUGGUCAAAAUGCAACAGCACAAAUCUUCUCCUCUUAUCCAGCCUCACAUUUGUCGUUUGCAAAUGGCUUCGCAGACCAGAUGGUGGGUACUGCUGCCCUUCUCUUCUCCAUUCUGGCCAUUUUAGACUCUAAGAAUAAUUGCGUCCCCAAAGGUUUGGAGCCAGUGGUGAUUGGCCUCAUCAUCAUGGUCAUUGGUAUUUCGAUGGGGUACAACUGUGGUGGUCCCAUCAACCCAGCUCGCGAUCUUGGACCACGACUCUUCACAGCCGUGGCUGGAUGGGGACUGGAGGUUUUCACGUAA